GCACGAGAGAUGACUGAGAAGUAUGCUAAGGUUAAGCGUGAUGGAUGCAGCACCAGCUUCCAAAUUAAGGUGCAUAAUUACCUAUACUUCUAUAGUUUUUCACAAAAUCUGAGUCUUUAGUGAGCUUUUAGUCUCUCAACUCGAUUUCGCACAAUCUCCCUGGAAUCUUCAAUAUAUAGCGAGGAUUAAGGUUCACGAGCUUAGAGAUAAGUCAAAGACUGAUCUUCAGAACUAAUUGAAGGAGUUCAAGGCUGAUAUAGCGAGGAUUAAGGUUCACCAGCUCUAUUUACGCUGCAUCUACUGAAGAACGGUGUGAUGGGCUUGAAGCUUAACCAUAUGAGGAGAUUACUAAACACUGAGAAAUUGAUCUGAAGUCUGAAACUCUCGUGGAGAUUACUUCACUACUGUAGGCUUCUACAUCAGUUCUAUGACUAUGAACUACAGGAUGUAUUCGAGAAGCCACUUUGUGAAAGGAAUGGAGCUGAUGGUGCUGCUGAUAUGUUACAGGCUGUACGGGAAAGCAACAGAGGACUCAGUGGCAUAUGCGUUUGUGAUGGGCUCAACCUGGUUCCUGGUUGAUGAUGCAAAAGUGUGGAGGCCAAAUUCAGAAGUAAAGUUCAUCUCCGAUGCAAUAGGCACAAUAGUGGCUUGGCCUAAUGAGUCUACGUCUGAAACUUUUAAGUCCCAAAAUCAAACUCUGCGAAUCUUGAGCAAGCGUAUCGCUCCCUUAUCUCCGCUUCCAGAGGUUUAUCUCGCACUCUUAGCCCUUCUCUUUCGCUGUACUAGCGUUAAGCGCCUUGUGGCUGAUCUCAUUCUUCGGUAUGCACUAUACUGCCCUACUGCUGUCGGAGAUGCAUUGCAAGCUGUUAUCGACAUGCAUAACUUCAGCGUGGAAGCUUUAAAGAGAGGACAAGAUACUGAUGGUGUUGCUUUUCAAACUGCUAAAGCCUGCAUAUUUGGUCUGGUUGACCUAUGUUCUGCUGCUUAUUCAAAGACAAAACAUCAUCACCAGGGAGACAGAGGAGGAAGAUGAAGAUAGGAGACAUAGGGGUAGAUGAAGAUAGGAGAUUUAUCGAUCUUGUAUAUUUUUAUUGAUGUAGUAUUUUAAUAAAGGUUUUUGUAUAUAUUUCAUGUAAUAAUGAUAAUAAAAUAUUGUAUUUUUU